AUGAACGCCACAACAUCCAUCAAACACCCGCGCCCUCUCCUCCUAACCAUCCGCUUCUCAACCUCCAUCCCCGACCUCGACCUCGACGUCUCAUCUCCGUCGACCACCACCGUCCUCUCACUCAAACACCUCCUCCGCACACGCCUCACCACCCGCAAUCGCCUCCGCCUCAUUUACCAGGGCCGCAUCCUCCCAGACUCAGCGGCACUCAGCUCCGUCCUCAAGCCAUCCCUCCAACCACCUCCCCCGCCAUCAUCAUCCGCAUCUCCCAAUGCCGACACAAAGGGCAAGGGCAAAGGAGUUGAAGGCGCCCCUCUCCGAAUAUACGUCAACUGCUCCAUAGGCGAUGAGCUCUCCCCUCAGGAACUCGCCGCGGAAGAAACCUCCGCUUCAAACCCACCGGAGGAAGCUGCAGCAGAGCCAUCCAACCCUUCGGCCCGUACGCGUCCCCGUCCGAGAGGGUUUGAUCGUCUUUUACAAGCGGGUUUUACGUCAUCGGAGAUAUCUACCCUCCGGACACAGUUUUCUUCUAUACAAACAGAGAGGUUUACGCCGGAUUCCAUGCCCUCGCCCGAUAGUAUGAGAAGGCUCGAGGAUGCUUGGAUCGACAAUAAUGCGGGGGAGCUGCCGAGUGCGGCUAGCCCGUUGGAGGAUGAGCUGAGUAACAUGUCUACUGUGUUGGAUGUGUUAAUACGUGGAAUGAUGAUUGGGUUCUUCUUUCCCCUGGGGAGUAUUACUUGGCUGUUAAGGCAGGGACUUUGGAGCGAGAAAUGGCAAAUUUUCGUGGGUUCUGGCGUUGUAUUGAGCGUUACGGUUGGCAUUGUUAUGGGUAUUUCUGGGGAGAGGUAG